AACAAGCUGGGAAAGCCCGAGUCUUUGAGAAAGAAAGAUCAAUUCCAAGCUCGAAGGUCGAAGGAACAAAGCUCAUGAGGUGUGUUGGAUAAGAAAAUGCCAAUUCUUCUUCAACCCUGUAAGUCUCUCUGCUCCCCCAACUAUGUUUUACCAGUUAAGAAUUUCACUGUUGUAUCCAACACUGUCCAAAGCAACGCAUUUUCGAGCGACCCCAAAUGCACAGCUUCAAAACCCUCCAAAUGCAAACUAUUUUCCACUGUUGGGUCUCUUCAAAAUCUGAUAUUUUCUAAGAAUUUCUCCAUUUGGGGAGGUACCCAUGUUUCCUUUUGCUCUGGAAAUGAGGUUUUUGAUGGUUUCUCGUUUACCCAGUUGCCCCAAAAGCCUGAAAGUAAAGCUACUAAAGAGAAUGAAGAACUUGAAUUGCUAAAUAAGCCUUCCCCAGUGCCUAUAAAUAAUGGGGUUGACUCAGAAUUAGACAAGGAAUCUGAAAAACCUGAUAAAGACGAGGCUUUGGCGCCUUUUUUGAAGUUCUUCAAGGGGAGAGAUUCUGGGGAGGACGUGAAAGAAGAGGGAGUUGUAUUAGAGGAAAAAAGUGAUGUGGACGACAGGAGUGAGGAAGUUAAGAAGGUCGGUAUUGAGUACUACGAGCCUAAACCCGGUGAUUUUGUGGUGGGAGUGGUGGUUUCAGGUAACGAGAAUAAGCUUGACGUGAAUGUAGGGGCGGAUUUGUUGGGUACAAUGUUGACAAAGGAGGUGCUUCCCCUGUAUGACAAGGAGAUGGAAUACUUAUUGUGUGAUACCGAUAAGGAUGCCAACGAGUUCAUGGUCCGGGGGAAGAUGGGAAUUGUGAAGAAUGAUGGCGCCUUAAGUGGGGGACCGGUGCCUGGAAGGCCUGUUGUGGAGACUGGAACUGUUUUGUUCGCUGAGGUUCUUGGGAGAACACUUAGUGGUCGACCAUUGCUUUCAACUAGACGGUUCUUCCGGCGGAUUGCUUGGCAUCGAGUGAGGCAGAUAAAACAACUCAAUGAACCUAUCGAGGUGAAAAUAACAGAGUGGAAUACCGGAGGUCUUCUUACAAGAAUUGAGGGUUUGCGAGCUUUUCUUCCAAAAGCUGAGUUAUCGAAUAGGGUGUACAACUUCACUGAUUUGAAAGAAAAUGUUGGACGCCGGAUACAUGUGAAGAUUACUCGCAUAGAUGAGACUAAAAAUGACUUAAUAUUGAGUGAGCGGGAAGCUUGGGAAAUGUUAUACCUUAGAGAGGGAACACUUUUAGAGGGGACUGUUAAAAAGAUCUUCCCAUAUGGAGCUCAGAUAAGGAUAGGCGAAACUAACAGAAGUGGGUUGCUGCAUGUCUCAAACAUCACCCGCUCCCGAAUUACUUCAGUCAGUGACUUACUUGCAGUUGAUGAGAAGGUCAAAGUUCUGGUUGCGAAGUCAAUGUUUCCUGAUAAAAUAUCUCUGAGUAUUGCUGACCUUGAAAGUGAGCCCGGCCUAUUUAUAUCAAACAAAGAGAAAGUAUUUGCCGAGGCUGAAGUGAUGGCAAAGAAGUACAGGGAAAAGCUACCUGCUGGUUUAUUCUCUCACAAGUUGGCAUACCUUCCAACCAAUGCUUUACCUUUUGACAAUGAAGCAAGUAUGUAUGCAAAUUGGAAAUGGUUCAAGUUUGAAAGUGAACAUAAACCAGUGUGACCCUUACGGUUACCCUGUGAUGUGAUCAAUUUGUAAAAGAGUGAGGGUUCAGUCCUGCUAUCCUCCCCCUGCCCCACAACGCCACGCACCCCAUCAUGAAAAAAAGGAACCACUUUUCCUUCGGCCGUUAUUCUCUUUGAUUAUAAACAAGAAAUCAAGUUAUUUGGCGUUGCAGCCAGAUCACAAGCCAUUUGAAAAUCUAUUUGAUAUGAGCAUAUAAUGUUGUGCUUGUCCACAUGAUGCCUCCAUUUUUCUCAUUGUUCUAUACAAAUGUGUGAUAGGAAGAGUAAAAAUAUUCUCUCAAUUGUAGUUGCAAAACCUUUCGCGGGUGUUGUUUUUGUUUUACAUAUGGAAACAAGCAGAGCCAUUUGCUUUUGAUUCA